UCCGGACCGUCACACGUGUUGUUUUCAUGUACUAGUGAGUUCUUCUACUUCGACAGUGUGAUAUUUCGUUGUUAGAGUCUAGCGUGAAACCACCGCGACAAACAUGGGGAAGAAACUUAAAGUCGGAAAGACCCGAAAAGAUAAAUUCUACCACCUGGCAAAAGAAACGGGAUAUAGAUCUCGUUCUUCCUUCAAGCUCAUCCAGCUCAACCGUAAAUUCCAGUUUCUUCAGAAAGCCAGAGCUGUGAUCGAUCUGUGCGCUGCUCCUGGUGGAUGGUUGCAGGUGGCCUCCAAGUUUAUGCCUGUUUCAAGUCUCAUCAUUGGUGUUGACCUGUUCCCCAUCAAACCCAUCCCCAACGUGGUGACGUUACAAGAAGACAUCACCACUGAGAAAUGCAGACAGGCUUUACGGAAGGAGCUUCAGACCUGGAAAGUGGAUGUUGUGUUAAACGAUGGAGCGCCAAAUGUGGGAGCCAACUGGCAACACGAUGCCUUUACACAAGCCCACCUGACCCUCAUGGCCCUGAAGUUAGCCUGUGAGUUUCUGACCAAAGGUGGCACAUUCGUCACGAAGGUUUUCCGCUCCAAAGACUACCAGCCCUUGCUCUGGAUCUUCCAGCAGUUCUUCAAGAAGGUGCAGGCCACGAAGCCGCAGGCAUCUAGGAAUGAGUCCGCUGAGAUCUUUGUUGUCUGCCAGGGUUUUGUUGCACCGGACAAAAUUGACAGCAAGUUCUUUGACCCCAAGCAUGCAUUCAAAGAGGUGGAGGUGCAGGCCAAAACUGUGAGGGACCUGAUACCUGUCAAGAAGCCAAAGGCGGAGGGAUACACAGAUGGUGAUCUAACGCUCUAUCACAGUUUCACAGUGACAUCUUUUCUGAAGGCUGAUAAUGCUGUAGACUUUCUGGGAAAAGCCAGCGAGAUCAUGUUUGACAAUCCAGACCUGGAGUCUCACCCAGCCACCACUAAUGAAAUUAAGGAGUGUUGUCGUGACAUCAAAGUCCUGGGCCGCAAAGAACUCCGCCUGCUGCUAAACUGGAGGUCCAAGCUGAGGAGAUACCUUGCUAAGAAACUGAAGGAGGCCAAACAGCUUGACCAGGAGAUCAACUUAAGCUCUGAUGAAGAAGGCUGUCAUUCAGAGGAUGAACCAGACAAGAAGGAGAAGAAGGGUGAUGAUGAUGAUGAGGAGGAGAAGGAGGAGGAUGAGGAGAAUGAGGAGGAAGAGAUGGAGAAAAAACUGACAGAACUGAAGGCAGAAGAAUUGGCAGAGCUCAAACGGAAGAAGAGGAAGCUGUUGAAGGAGCGGAGGAAACAGAGAGAGAGAGUGGAGCUGAAGAUGGACCUGCCAGGUGUCUCCAUCGCCAGCACCACUGACUCAUCCUUGUUCUCUCUUGGCACCUUGAAGAAGCAAAAGGUGCUGACUGACAUAUCUAAGGGGGACAUGAAGUUAGCAGAAUCUCUGGAAGAUGAUGGAGAAGAUGAUAUCUACCUCUCUGACGAUGAGGAUGACGAGGCUGAUAAAAUAUCCCUGGCGUCUGACUUAGAUGACGAUGAUAUGGAAGAAGUAGACCAGAGAGCGAAAGAGCUGGAAAAGAAAGCACCAAAGAAGAAGGUGAAAUUUUCUCAAGAGGAGGAAAAUGGUGAUGAAGAGCAAGAGAGUGGCUUGAUAGUAGAACUGGAGGGAAAGGAUGAAAAGAGAGAGCGAGAGUCAAACUUGUGGUUCAGCAAGGGAAUCUUUUCUGAAAUCAACCUGGAAGGCGAUGCAGAGAGCGAGCUCAGACAGACAGAGUGGCUCCAGACCAAACAGAUGGGAAAAGGCAGAAAGAGGAGAGCUGAGGAGGAGGAGGAGGAGGAGGAGGAAAAGGAGGAGGAGGGCAAACCAGAAGCUGGACCACCAGAGGAGGAAAAGGCAGGACCUUCAAAGAAAGCUAUGGAGGAAAGUGACAGCGACUCAGAUGACAGCAGCGAUGAUGAAAAGGAGAUCAGCAGAAUGAAGCAGGCCAAAGUGGCUGGUGCGAUGUCAGCAGAGGCCAAAGAUGAUGACUUCCAGGUUGUUCCCGUGGAAAGUACCAGUAAGAAAGCUAGGAUCCUGGAUGCAGAGGGCCUGGCCUUGGGCAGUCAGAUUGCUACAUCCAAGAAGAGAGCAAGGGACUUGGUGGACAACUCCUUUCACAGGUUCGCGUGCUCUGAGCAAGAGUGGGAGGUACCAGAGUGGUUUCUGGAUGAUGAACGUAAACACAGAAAGAAGCCAGUGCCAGUCACUCAGGAGAUGGUGGAGGAGUACAAACAAAAAUGGAAAGAGAUUGAUGCACGACCCAUCAAACGAGUUGCUGAGGCCAAGGCUAGGAAGAAGAGGAGGAUGUUGAAGAAGAUGGAGCAGGCCAAGAAAAAAGCAGAGGCUGUUGUCAACACAGUGGACAUCUCUGAGAGGGAGAAGAUGGCUCAGCUGAGGGGUAUCUACAAGAAAGCAGGCUUGGGGAAGGAAAAGCGAGAAGUUACGUAUGUCGUGGCUAAAAAGGGAGCCGGUAAGAAGGUGAGACGGCCUGCUGGCGUCAAGGGAGUCUUCAAAGUGGUGGAUGGUCGCAUGAAGAAAGACUUGCGGGGAAUGCAGAAGAAAGAACAACACACUAAAGGGGGCAAAGGAAAAGGAAGACCGUCUAAGGGUGGCAAAGGAGGGAUGAAGAGUGGCAAAGGCCGAAAAGGAAAAUAAAUUUGAACCCGUUACACUUUCACAAUCCUGUCUUUCUAUCUAUUAACCUGCCUGGCUUCGUGUUCCAGGUGAGCAUUUAUGGAGCUUUUACACUAGGUUGCUUCUGUUCAGGCUCCUGUACCAUGGACAAAGGGAACUUUGAUUGUCUAUGCCCCAUUUUUAGCAAUCUUGGCUGAAGUUCAUCAAAGCCCUGGAGACUUCAGAUAUGUCCUGGAGUUUUACAACACUGGUGUUAAAGUGUACGUCUUUCUGAAGAUGGAGAGUAUUUCCUUUGGACCUUUGAAUGGUCAAGAAAAGACUGAACUGUAUGUCAGAUGUAACGACAAUAAAUGCGUUCUUCAGUUUCUGUAAAUAUUAAAUAUACAUCUUUGAAAAAAUGUUUUGUUGAGGUUGUAUUUUUUUAAAACAAUUUUGCUUAUGUAAUAAAUCUUUCUAGUGGUCUUUGUGACUCACAUAACA